AUGAGAUCAAGUUUAUUUCCUAGUCUCCUAAGAGCGCACACAGCAUCAACACUUUUGCGAAGAUCUUUCUCUGCUGCUGCCACUCGCCUAGUAGCAGAUUUCUCUUUUCCAGAAGAUGAACAUCCCGACGAGGCAUUGCAACCUCCGAAACCUCCAGAAUCUCAAGAGCCGACCUCCUCAACCUCACUCGACCCCUCCCCUCCUCAACUACAAACCACUGAACCUUCACAAUCCCCGCCAAAGCCUCAAUCGCGUGUCGACCAGCCCCUAAUCUACCCCUCCCCCCCCUCCGCCCCCAACCACCACGACCUCCCCACCUUUCUAGAAUACGCCUCGCGCACAAACCUCGACCCCGAAACCUCCGUCUACGUCGGCACUCUCUUUGAAUACACGACCUGCGCGGCCCUCGCCCGGUACGGCUUCUCCCUCCGGCGCGUAGGCGGCGUUUCCGACGGGGGCGUCGACCUCCUCGGCACUUUCAGUCCACCAGGCGUGCGCAAACACGCCAGCGUGCCCAAUCUGAAGGUCAUAGCGCAGUGUAAGGCUGUUAGGAAGCCAGGGCCGCAUUUAGUCAGGGAGUUAGAAGGCGCGUUCGCGUCUGCGCCCGUAGGGUGGAGGGGGUCUAGUGGGGUGUUGGGGUUGUUGGUUACGGGGAGGCCGGCGACGAGGGGGAUAAGGGAGGCGUUGGGGAGGAGUUCCUGGCCGAUGGCAUUUGUGAUGUGUACGAAGGAGGGAAGGGUGUUGCAGAUGUUGUGGAACCGGAGGGCUGAAGAAGAAGGGUUGGAGGGGCUUGGGGUAACGACAAGGUAUUAUAGGGAGGAGGGGGGGCAGGAAGGGAAGGAGGUUGUGUUGACUUGGAGGGGGAGGAAUUUGCCGUUGGCGGAACUGGGGGAAGGGAAGAGUUGA